AGUGAGUUAAAUCAUGUGAUGGAUGGAAUUUGAGCAAGAGAUUGAGUACCAUUUUUACCCUUUCACUAUGUAUAUUUAUCUAAGUUUAUACUCCUGUACUGUGGUGCAAUCAACUUUUCAAUAAUAUAGUCAACAAUAUAAUCAACAGUAUAGACAACAUACUACACUUCAAACAUUUAGUUUCGACAUAGUAGUGAUUAUUUCCAAUUGGUCUACUUUGUAUGACCGCCUGCUUUUACUCACACUGUUAUUGGUUGUUGAAAGAUGUAAUGAUCAUGCGUUUGACUUUUUCGUACAUGUACUUGUACAAAUUUUAGUGACAUGUAUUAUGUCAAUGUGACAGAACUGUCAAAGAGCUUUUUGUUUAAACAAAAUUUAACAUAAGCCAAAAUUAGAAUACACCUACUUAAAUUUAUGGUCGAAAGUGGAACAUGAAAACAUGUGUCAAAAGUUUGGGUAUAUUAAUCUGUCAAGAUUAAACAUCUCUACUAUAUCAUAAAGAUGUAUUUAAGUUAGUAAGCAAUCAAUGAAAAGGAUAAAAUAUUGCCAAUUAAAUUGUGCAUAGAAAAUAGAACUAUAUUUAAAAUUAUGGCAGCAAUACGACAUACGUUACAAAGGGAAGUGUUUACUCCUGCUGAUGAAAAAUUGUUAAGCGUGUGUUAUGUCAGUAAGGCAUAUAAAAAAAAGAAAAUGAGCUUUCUCUGUUUAACCACAACGACAGAUACACCGCCGUCUUUGCUUUUAUAUCAAGUAAAGAAGAAUGAUAAAAACAUAUUCAAAAAGAAACAGUCAUGGUCGUUAGGUGAUAUUCAAAUUGUGGAUGGAGUUAAAAAUGACUCGAUGGAUAUAGAAUUACAUAUAGACAAAGUAUAUAAAUGGUCUGUAACAACGGCUCAAGAACGAAGAACAUUUUUGAGCAAUUUGUAUACUUAUUCUUGUAGCAUAGCUCAAAGACCACAAUUUAAAAAUAUUCCUAAAGAAUGGCUUAUAGAUCCUAGUUCUUUGAAAGAAAGUGAUAGUAUUACUUUCACCCCAGAACUUCUUACAUCUCCUAUUUCAUCAGAUUAUCAACCUAUUACUGAAAAAGAAGCUGUUGAUUUAAAACAGAUGAUGGAGAAUUGUGAACAUGCAGUUGCUAAUGCAGAACUUUUUAUGGAAACACUUUCUAAAGAUCUCUCUAUUCUCGAUGGGGAAAAUGUGCAAUCAGUUUUGGCAUCGGAAGCUCGAGUAACUCAAUUGAUGAAUAGUAUUGAAGCAGCAAUAACUGAGGCUUCUAUUGUGGAAGCUCGUCUUAUAGCUUACGAUGAGGCACUUGGUAGAAUUAGAGAAGUUAUGGCUCGUGUAGGUCAAAAAAAUCAAGCUAUUCAUACAGCCAAUAAUAAUGCAAGACUUCUGUUAGAUCAGUUAAAUACAGUCAUUUCGCAAUUGGAUAUUUCACCUACUCAUCAGCGUAUUUUGAGCGAAGCUGAACUACCAGGUGAAAAAGAAGAACUUAGUCAAGCAGGUGCUGCUCUUUUAAAAGCCACAACAGCUCCAUUACCACCAGGACUUGAUAAAUUAAGUGCAGUGACUGAACAAAAAAGACGUCUCGAUAAACAUAGGGCGAAAUUUUCUAUAAUUGUGGCUAGACAUUUGAAUAAUCUUUUUAUUCAUUUGGGUAACGAUGUCGGAGAUAUGUCAAUGUCAACAACAGAUUUAAUUCUUCCAACUCAUCAAGCAGUUCAUUACGAACUUGAACCAUAUACUGAGUUAAUGCAAUUAUUAAGAGCAUUAGACAAUAAAGCGUUUGUACAAUUAACUAAAGUUUAUACAGAUACAAUGAGUAAAUUAUAUAAAAGAGAUUUAAAGCGAUUUUUUGAAGAAGCAAGAAAUAAACUUAUUUCUAAACGCCUCCAAGCGAAUACAUCAAAAUCUAGCGGACAAAAGGCAGAAGAUCUAUUGAAUCCAGCACCUAUUUGUUUAUUAAGCGGUGAAGUAUGGGCACCUGUAGGAGAUGGAAAUCUUUUAGAUUCAGUACUCGAUUGUAUGCUUUCACAAAUGCAACCAGUUUGUCUUGCAGAGCAAGCCUUUUGUAUUUCAUUUCUACAACUGGAUUCUGUUCUCUCCCCAUCGAAAAGCAGUGAAUUGGAUGAGACGGAUAAUGUUAGUAAUGGUGCUGCAAGUCCUGGAUCAGUUACCUCUACAGCAAGUAAAAAACUAGAAAGACAAGUAAAUGAAGAAGUGCGUGCAACAAUGGCAGCAAUAUUUCCAUCACUGGAAACUGAGUUAAAUAAUUUUAUUGCCUUCUUAGACAAAAUUGAUAGUUUUUGGUGCAUGUAUGUUUUGGUACGUUUGUCUCAACAUGUUAUGUCUGCGCAAGAUACUGGUUCUUUUUUAUCUAUGACAUUUGCUUCUGCUUUAAUUCAAGUUAAAAGGUCUUUCGAUAAAUUUAUGAAAACACAACUACAAUCAAUUUUAUGUGACACGAAAGUCAAUCGCAGAAAUAAAUGUGGUAUAUUGUCAUACGUAGAAAACUUUGAACAUUUUGCAAAAGCAGCAGAAAAAAUUUUCAAAAAUUCAGAUAGAAAGGUUGAUCUUGAAAAAUGGUACACUAAAUUAGUAAGUACAAUGUUUGAAGCAAUUGUCAUCCAUAGUAGAGAACAUCAUAAAACUCCGCAAGAAGUUAUUAAGAUGGAAAAUUUUCAUCAUUUAUACGAUCUUCUGUCGCAAUUAAAAAUAUCUGUGCUUGAUCACGAGCGCAAAGAAGCUAAACAAAAAUACCAAGAUGCUUUGCGUGCAUAUGUCACACAAUAUUUUGGAAGACCUCUUGAAAAGCUUAAUCUAUUUUUUGAAGGUGUGCAAGCCAAAGUUGGUGCUGGAGUUAAAGAGUCUGAAGUUAGUUAUCAGAUGGCUUUCAGUAAACAAGAACUCAGACGUGUCGUGAAGGAAUAUCCAGCUCGAGAAGUUAAAAAGGGUUUAGAAAAUUUGUAUAGAAAAGUUGAGAAACAUCUAUGCGAAGAAGAAAAUUUGUUACAAGUUGUUUGGCGUGAAAUGCAAGGUGAAUUCAUUGCACAAUACAUAUACAUAGAGGAAUUGAUACAGCGAUGUUAUCCCGAUAGUAUGGUAACACUUGAAUUUACUAUACAGGAUAUAUUAGAAUUUUUCUCUGAGAUAGCUCGAUCUCAUUGAGAAAUUUAAUAAAUCAGAAUUGUAAAGUGAAUAAAAUUUUAUAAUUCACAUUAGUAUUUAGAUUAAAGUACUAGAACAAUAAAGUAAUAUAAUUUCCUAUAAAUAAACUGUAGAUAUUCAAUUUCUGCAAAUAAUAUAAAUGUUUUAUAGGAAAUUCAUUUUUGUAUAAAACAAAGUACAAAAAAAUUAUUUAAUAUAACUCGACUUUACAAUAUUACUAAAGUACUAUUAAAAGAUAAAUAAACAUUGUUCUGUUUUCAUUUGAUUGAAGUAUGAGAAUAUGUAAAAAUUAAUAUUAAAAGUUGUAUUUAUUAUACAUGAAAGUAUUGUAUUAUUCUUGGAAAUAGAGUAAUUACAAGUUGCUGUAUUUGUUAUGUUCUACAACAUUUUGUACGUAUAUCUACUAUAUUCUAUAAAUAUUAUUUAUACAUAUUAUUCUUUUGGAGUUGGCGCAGAAAAGUUGAGCCAGAGUAAAUCAGUGAUUCUACCCUGAAAAUUGAAAUAAGAUUAUAAAUUAAUAAUAUUAUUAAAUUUAAGAUAGUAUUGAUAUUAUAUUAUUACAUACAAAUGCAAUAGUAGCAACAAGGAAAGUAACUCCAAAAGCUAAUUGUGCAUUGUACUUUCUUUGAUUUUUAUUGUAUGCUUCCUUCCAACAACCUUGUGGCACGGGUAAUUCAUCGAAAUGUGCUGGUUUUCUCAACUGUUCAGGAAGGGCAGAUGUUCCUGAUGAUGAUG